CCUGACUGAGUCAAUGUGUGUGUGUGUGUGCUACAGCAAACUGAGCACUUUACUAAAUCAGACCCUCGCAGACACACCUAGAGCCAAAAAGUGAUCCGGGGGACGCACUGAUGUGGCCUGAACCACUUUGUCAUUUUAAUUAUUAAACAACUCGAGUUGGAGAAGUCGACUUUGAGAUCCGUGUGUCCCUGGUCUAUCGCUGCCACCAGGGAGGAGCGUCAUGGCGGAGCCGGACUACCUGGACGGAGACUGUGAUGAGCUCAUCAAACCUAAAAAGCUGAUCAACCCAGUCAAGGGCUCCCGUAAUCACCAGGACCUGCACAGAGAGCUGCUCAUGAACCAGAAGAGGGGUCUGGCUCCUCAGAACAAACCCGAGCUCCAGAAGGUUCUGGAGAAGAGAAAGAGGGAGCAAGUUCUCAAGGCUCAGAAGGAGGAGCAGGAGGCACACAAGAAGAGGAGCGACCUGGAGAUAGAGCUCAUGAAACGACAACAGAAACUAGAGCAGCUGGAGCUGGAGCAACAGAAAAAUGACGAGGAACAGGAGAACACCCCUGAGUUUGUGAAGAUGAAGAGCAACCUGCGCAGAACCAAGCAGGAGGCUGAUGGGGAAGAACGGACCACCUAAAACCCAGCCGGGGUGUCUGGGUCUGGCUGAUUGUGCGUGUGUUUGUGAGCACAGAGACUUCAGGAGUGUGUGUAUAAAAGAGAGAGUGUGUUGUAUGGCAGUGGUCCAUGACGCACUUCCUGGCUUUCCCAAACCUAGCUGUUCCUUCCCGCAGUGAGGAGAGAGACUUUACAGACUAAAGACCCCCCUCUGCCUGCCUGCCAUGGACCGCCAGUACUCACCUCUGCUCCUCGCACCCAUCCGGCAGCACACAGCACCCCCUGCAGGAGGGACCUAACACAGACAUGUUACAUGCUAAACGCCUCCCAAGAGGGCGAGCAAGCUUCCAAUGAGCUCUGAUGGAGAAAACAAACAACCAAACACAUACACACACACACACACACAUACAUACACACAGGAGUUUUCAUCCCCUCUGUUUUCACUCUUCUCUCCACAGCAAGCCGUCGUUUCUCUUUACUGUUAUCAAUGUUGUUAUCGUCGUUGUCGUUGUUACUUUUGUUCUCAUCUUCAGAAUCAAAUAAGGAAAAGUGGACACUGGAUGGACUCUUGAAGCUGUGUAUUGUAAAAGCCAAACAAAUGUGCUUUUGUUAUUUAUGUUUGUAGCUUUUAGCCCAGGCAUAUGGGAGGACACUUUUAGACGUUCUGUAUUUUCGUUUGUUUUACAGCAUAGUUUAUGAAGCCAGAACAGGACAAAGGGAGUGUAAGGUUGUGUGAAACACUCAUGUUUGCUUUAUUAUUAUUAUUUUUUUAAAUUCCAAACAUGCCAUUUCCUCAGCUAAUGCAAUUUUGAGCAAUAGUAGAACUCCCAGGCAUGAGAGUGACCUUUUUCUUUAUAUAUUCUGUUUUGUAUGAAUAAAAAUGUUACUUAAUAAAUAAUUUAAGUUCUUGUUA